AUGCAAGCCAGCAUCAGAACUCAAGGGAUGACCUCUCUGCUGCUCUUCCUCUUGAUCCUGCCCCUGCUGUUGCUGCUGGUGGUGGUGGGUGGUGCGGGAGCGGCGUGCCCAGCCCAGUGCAGCUGCGUCUACACGGGUCGCGGGGGCGAGAGGGGGACCCGCUCUGUGCUGUGCACGGACCCGGACAUGUCCACCCUACCUUGGGACGUGCCGGGCGACUCUGUCCGCCUGCUGGUGUCCCGUACGCUUGUCCGCCGGGUGCCAUCCGAGUCGUUCUACUACCUGCCGGAGCUGCGCUCGCUCACGCUGUCAUGCAACCGCCUGUCAAGCAUCUCCCACGGCGCCUUCUUCAACCUCAAGCUGCUCCGGGAGCUUCGCCUGCCGGGGAAUGUCCUCACGUCUUUCCCGUGGGAGAGUCUCCAGGAGACUCCGUCUCUGCGUCUCCUCGACCUCAACGGGAACCGAAUCAGCUCCCUGCCUGCCGAGUCAGCUCGGUUCGUGUCUGACCUCUCGACCUUUGACCUGUCUGGUAACCGCCUUGUGACGCUGCCCUCUGACCUCCUCGAGCUGUGGACAUUGUCAGCGCCUACACAGGCACAGGUAGGCGAGGGGCUGGAGGGAGACGGGGACCCGGACCGAGGACCCGUGACCCCCAUUUCUCGGACACCUGUGCGGCUCAUCCUAGCCCUGCAGGAGAACCCGUGGCUCUGUGACUGCUCCCUCUCCCGCCUUCUCCUCCUGGCUCGGAGCGCUAUUGGGGGCACCGGAGGUCAGGGUCAAGGUCAGGGUCAAGCGUGCCCGGCUCCCCCUAGGGUCAUCCUGAUGGACCCUGACACGGCCUGCGGGGGCCCCGGGGACCUCGCGGGAGUUCCCAUGAGACUGGCCGGCAUCGCGACCCCGUCUCCCCCUGGCGGGUGCCGCCCCCCUCGUGUGCAGGUCUCUGCCUCGCGCCUCACCUCUGCGCUGGGCUCCAGCCUCCUGCUGCGCUGUGACGCCAGUGGAACUCCAACGCCUACGCUGGAGUGGGCGCGGGGUGACGGGCGGUCACUCAACGCUACCGGAAGUGAACGUCGGCGACUUCCUGACGGCGGGCUCCCGCCAAGCCGCUCCAUCGGCCCGCUCCUGGUCCAACCGCCUUGGUUGGGCAGUGUCGCUGAGCUGGGGCGACUCGGCACCCCGGGAUGUCGCCUGGCUCCCCGGCCCUUCCUCCUCUGGCGGUGACCCUGAGGAGGUUUCCCGCCUGCUCCUCCGAGGCCUGGCCCCGGGCGAGGCCUACGAGGCCUGCGUCAGGCCCUGGAGCCCCCCGGGUGGGGAGAACGAGGGGACCGAGAGGGUGCGUGGAGGAGAUUCUUCGUGCGUCGCCUUUCUGGCAGGAGAGGAGACGGGGAUCAUCGGUGGCAACAAGGGGAUCAAUAGCACGGGGAUUGGUAGCAAGGAGAUCAGUAGCAUGGGGAUUGGUAGCAAGGGGAAUGGUACCAAGGGUGUAAGACCGGGAGUUGGGGAUGGAGAGAAGGAAGGAGGAAGGACUGGAAUGGAGCGGGACGAGCGAGGAGAGAGGAGUCCGGAGGAAACGGUGGGAAAUCGCGGGGAGGC